AUGCGACAUACGGAUGUGAACGAAUGUGCCCUUGGACUGCAUAACUGCAGUGCUGCUGCGAUUUGUACGGAUUUAAAGAAUGGCUACGAAUGCAAGUGUCCUGAUGGCUAUACCGAUGGUAAUCCGGCAGAACCUGGCCGAGUAUGUGCGGCAUUGCUCUGCGGUCUGUGCAACGGUCAUGGCGAUUGUAUUCAUGACAGUGUCACCAAUAACGUCACCUGCUCAUGUGUCGACGGCUAUUCCGGACAGUUCUGCGAGGUUGCCCCGUCAAAUGCCGGCCUCAUUCUGAUGACGAUUCUGGCUCUGCUCUUCCUACUGCUCACUUUACUGUGCUGCCUGUACCUAUGUGCACGAUGCCGGGACGAGAUGAUGGGUCACGACAAUGCAGCCGUCCUUGGCGCAUAUCUGGACGACGGGGCAUCAGUUUCGUCGGACGGCUCUCUGGAGGAGAUCGAACGACGUGUCACCACCGACGUCACCCACCACGUGAGAUUCGUACAACGACUGUUCGCGGACCGAGAUGGGCAAACGGUAAGUCCAGUCAGAGUCAGACGGUACUCCAUGGUCCAUUCGAGAACUGACUACUGA